CCUACCCAUCUAUAAUCAAACGGCUACCCUCUCCGUUCUCAAAUUUCAAAAAUUUGUUGUUAUCUCUUCUCUGUCGUGAAUCGUGAUAUUUCUCAAUAAUCUGCGUUCGUCCUCGUUUAUUUCGUAUAACCCGUUUUCCCUCAAAGUUAGUAGAGGAUCAAAUUGAAUUGGCUACAGAAGGGAACCAAUGGCAUCACAACUUGGUAGUUUCUUUCGAGAUCAGGAUCUCAGCGUUCAAGCUAACGGAGCAUCUCUUGUGGGGAAGGUUGGUGGCUUGAAAUCACAAAGGAAAGCGGGGCUUGGUGGCAGGAAACCGCUUGGUGAUCUAUCGAAUUCAGGGAAGCCUGCUGCUCUGAUCCAGGCAUUACAAAAGCAGCCUUCCAAGGAAAUCAUUUGUGAUGAUUCAAGCAAUAAGAAAGGCUUGUCUAAAGUCUCGGAUACAGUUCAGACUCGUAGCAGGACGGCGCUAAUUGACAUUUCAAACAGACAGAAUGAACAGGGGCAGAAGAAGAAGCACAACACAAGGCAGGUGAGUGAUGUGGCAGAGGGGCAUCUUUGUCUUAAUGAUGUUUCAGGGGAAGGAUUUCUGCACAAUCAUGAAGAGUGCAUUAAAGAACAGACCAAGAGUAUGGACAUGGAUCAGUUUCUGAUGACACUUGGACUAGAUAAUGGUUCUUCCAAGAAGCUUUCAUUUCAAAGUGCACCUCCUCUGCCAAGGAAACAUGAUCCCAAGAGUCCCCCGAGGGAGUGGGAUUUGGAAGAGAUGCCUGAGCAUGAUUUCCCCUGGCUGUCUGACAAGCUUGACUCUCCACCUCGUUGCAAGUCUCCAAAGUCACUAAAUUGCAAUGCUGAUUCCCUUUUGAUUUGGGACGACUGUGACUUCAAGCUGAUGGAAACACCAUAGUUCCCAAUUUUUAUUCUCUGAAGUGUGUACAUCAUGGGACGGAGCAUCACAGUACUUCCGGAUGGUUUGCUUUUCGUCGAUUGUGCAGAAUUCGGUUUAUGUUUUCUUUGUUUGCUGUGUUAACUGAGCAUCAUGUAGUUAUGGUGAUGAAUGCUUGAUUGUUUUGUUUUGACCGCACAUUGUGUAGACAUUGAUGGAUCUGAAUAUUCGUAGUUUCAAUUCAAACCCUCUCUACUUCUUGUAUGUCCUGACUUCA